GUCAAGCCACGUCAAGCAAAAGGAAAAAUAUUUUCUCACAAAACUAUUUAGGUGCUUUAUGAACAUGAAAAAUGUUUAAAAACACAUACCAAAGUGGCUUAUUGACGAUUUUCUACAGCUGUGGUUCUAAUCCUUUAUCUUUAUGGGAUCUAAAGGUCCAAAAUGGACACAUAAAGCGAGUCACCGACAACGAAAUUAACUCAAUAGUGCUUGAGGUGGUGAGUACUAACAUCACUACCACCUAUAUAACAUGCCCGAAGAAUAACAUAAGCCUUGGAAUCAAACUGCCUUUUCUUAUAAUAAUACUAAAGAAUUUGAAAAGGUAUUUUUCCUUCGAGAUAGUGGUACUUGACAAUAAAAACAUGAGAAGAAGAUUCAAUAUAUCCAACUUUCAAUCUACUACGAAAAUCAGGCCCUUUUGUACGACUAUGCCGAUUACUUUGUCCGGUGGUUGGAAUCAAAUACAGUUUAAUCUGUCAGAUUUCACUCAUAGGGCGUAUGGGUCUAAGUUUACUGAGGUGGUGCGCGUACAGGUUCACGCUAAUACAAGGCUGAGAAGAAUAUACUUCAGCGACCGCCUGUACUCAGAAGAUGAACUACCCCAUGAAUAUAAACUGUUCCUACCGCUACAGCCAAAACAGAGAAUACCGAAAAAUGAACAGCAAAGGGACGAAGCUGCUUCUAAACGAGCCCCCAUCAAAUUUCUAUCCAAAGUUAAAAAAGAUGAGAUAGAUAAGACAAUAAGACCAGUUAAAGUAUCAGUAUCAGAACAUACUCAAAAAGACGCCAACACAGAUGAAACUAAGGAAGCCAAGAACGAUGGUGAAAUAAUAGGAGUCAAAGGUAGCAUGCUAGAUAAUGAAGUGUAUGGCCAACCUGAACCUGAGAACGACGAUGCAUUGGCAGCAAUAAUGAACGAAGUUAAAAAGGUUAGUGAUGAAACUGUAGAAUACACAAUAAAGCUAGCAGAAGAAAAAUAUCUCAACCACAUGAAAACGUUGUUAGCUGAAGACACUGAAGAAGUUAACGAGGUACUCGUGGUUGAUUCAAAGAAAGGUGGACUUAAUACUUAUGAAUAAUAAAUAAUACCUAAUAAUAUUAUAUUGAUUAAAUUGUUAAAAUUCUGAACAU